GCCCAUGGCAUCCACUACACCACACAAUCUCCCACACAUCCUCCCAUUCAAAAAACGAGGAGAGAGAAAAUCCACCAAAACCUUCCACAUUCUUCCAUGGCAAAACCUCAAUCAUCACCUCCAUUAUUGAACUCACAUUAAUCCUUUCAUCUUCAAUCUUCAGAGUUUCUGCAAAAAUGGAGUAUUAUUGUCUCGGAGCUUCCAAGUUCGCAACAAUGGUGGUUUCUCCACCAUUGAACUACGAUUGUUUGAGGUAUAAGAUGAUUAAACAACGCCGAAGUUUCCAGACGUUUUGCUUGUGGAGAACGAAUUGUGCGAAUGUUGUAGAUUGUACGAGUAGUCGUAGUAGUAGUAGUAGGAGGAGUGGAAAUAGUGUUUUGAGGAGUGCGAAUAGUGAGAGUAGUUGUGUUGUUGCGCCUGAAGAUUUUGCGAAUGAAGAAGAUUUCAUCAAAGCUGGUGGUUCUGAGCUUUUGUAUGUUCAAAUGCAGCAGACUAAAGUUAUGGAAACUCAAUCCAAAAUUUCUGAUAAGUUGCCUCAAAUUUCAGACGCGAAUGAGUUGCUGGAUAUGGUGGUUAUUGGUUGUGGUCCAGCUGGUCUAGCAUUGGCAGCAGAAUCAGCUAAACUAGGAUUAAAAGUUGGUCUUGUUGGUCCUGAUCUUCCUUUUACGAAUAAUUACGGUGUUUGGGAAGAUGAAUUUCGAGCAUUGGGACUUGGAGGCUGUAUCGAGCAGGUUUGGCGUGAUACCAUUGUCUAUAUUGAUAAUGAUGAUCCCUUAUACAUUGGUCGAUCUUAUGGAAGAGUCAGCCGGCAUUUACUUCAUCAGGAGCUGGUGCAAAGGUGUUUGGAGUCAGGUGUCUCUUAUCUGAAUGCAAAAGUCGAAAGGAUUAUGGAAGGACCUGGUGGACAUAGUCUUGUUGCUUGUGAACGCAAUAUCACUAUUCCUUGCAGGCUUGUAACGGUUGCUUCUGGAGCAGCUUCAGGGAAACUUCUGGAGUAUGAAGUGGGUGGUCCAAGGGUUUGUGUACAAACAGCUUAUGGUGUAGAGGUGGAGGUGGAAAAUAGUCCUUAUGAUCCCAAUUUGAUGGUGUUUAUGGACUAUAGAGACUACACUAAACAGAGCUUUCAGUCGCUGGAGGCAAAAUAUCCAACAUUCUUGUAUGCAAUGCCAUUGUCGCCAACUAGGAUCUUCUUUGAGGAGACUUGCUUGGCUUCAGCAGAUGCAAUGCCCUUUGAUCUGCUCAAGAAAAAGCUUAUGACAAGAUUACAAACUAUGGGUGUUCGUAUCAUUAAAACAUACGAAGAGGAGUGGUCUUAUAUACCUGUUGGCGGGUCCUUACCAAAUACAGAACAAAGAAACCUUGCAUUUGGUGCUGCUGCGAGCAUGGUCCAUCCAGCCACAGGGUAUUCAGUUGUGAGAUCUUUGUCAGAGGCUCCGAAUUAUGCUUCUGCAAUUGCAAACUUGAUCAAGAAUGAUCUCUCAAAAAAUGCAAUUUUGCGUCAGAGGAAUGCGGAGAAUAUCUCAAUGCAAGCCUGGAAUACUCUUUGGCCUCAAGAAAGGAAACGUCAAAGAUCGUUCUUCCUUUUUGGACUAUCACUUAUAGUUCAGCUUGAUACUGAGGGUAUCAGGACAUUCUUCCAAACCUUUUUCCGAGUGCCAAAAUGGAUGUGGGAGGGAUUCCUUGGUUCUAAUCUCUCUUCAGCUGAUCUCAUUUUGUUUGCCUUUUACAUGUUCUUUAUUGCUCCGAAUGAUUUGAGAAUGGGUCUUAUAAGGCAUCUACUGUCCGAUCCUACAGGAGCCACAAUGAUAAGAACUUACAUGACACUAUGACAGUAAUACAGUAAAAUGUUCUUGGUGUAAAAAAGUUACAAUGAAUAAAAGGUUUUGAAGGCUCCUCAGACCUGUGUUGUGUUCUCCUUGUAACUCAAUCUUGUUACUGAUCUUCAUUAAAGACCAACUUUUCUACAAUUUCUACAGGCUCCUUGGAUUUUUGUUGCGCCCUCUGUUCUACAAUUCCACAGGCUCCUCGGACUUGUGUUGCGCCCUCCAUGUAACUUGUUGAUAUCUGUGGGGAGUAGAUGCUUUUCCUAGAUGAUUGUUCAUGUAUAUAUGGUAGUGGUUUUAACAAUUACCUACAAAUAAUUCGCCAUUGGGUGAUUGGGGCAUCAUCGACAGAUCUGAUCUGGCAGGGAGAAGAGAAAGCUACUUGUUUGUCACAGAUAGCUGCCUAUUCUGUUAAGAGCCAUUUGGAAGCUUCUUUGUUAUAAGGGGGGCUAAAAGUUAAUUUUUGGCCUUAUUUUUGUAAUCAUAAUAUACAUUGCAUGAAUCAUCAUUCCUUUAAAUAUGAUAUGUAAAGCAAGUAAAAUCACUAGAAAUCGAAAUGUCUAAAGGUAGUUUUUCCCCUCAUAUACUAUAUUGACUUGGCUGUGUCUGGUAAA